AUGGAGACGAUCGCCGGGACCCUUCCAGCGCGUUCGAUUGAGAAGUUGAAACCCACAGCUACGAAAACAACAACUGAAGAAGGAAUUCCAACAUCAUCCAAAUAUGUUGCUGCUCUGAAAGCUCCAACAAUAUCGAGCCCUAGCUCGAAUCGCUAUGGAAACCCAGAAGUUAAAGCGAGAUACUCUACCCACAAUGGAAUGCCUGCAGUUAUCUUCAAAUCUAGCGACUGCUACGGACUUAUGGCUGAAGAGUGUAGGCUUACACUUGUGGGUAAAUUUCUAAGAACACGACCUCAAAUUGAGAAAUUAAGAUCCAAAUUCGCUGAGAAAAUCACUGUCAAAGGAAAUGUUAAAAUUGGGGUGUAUAAUUUCCGUACUGUAUUUCUUGAUUUUACUAAUGAAGACAAUUUCAAAAACGUUUGGUAUAGGCGCUCCAUCGAAAUUGAAGGUCAACUGAUGUGUCUUGAAAAAUGGUCUCCGGAUUUUAAGCCAGAGGAGGAUUCACCUGUAGUUACAGUUUGGGUACUCCUACCUGAAUUACCAUUUCAUUGCCACACUUGGCAUUAUGUUAAGCAGAUAGUUAGCCCUAUAGGAACUCCUCUAUCUAUGGAUUUGGCCACUGAUCAUAGGACUCGACCUAGUAUGGCAAAGGUUAGAGUGGAAGUUGAUCUAACUAAGCCUAAGUUAAACUCUGUGUGGGUGGGCCAAGAGGAUGAAUCUAACCCCUUGAAAGGAUUUACCCAGAAGCUCGAGUAUGAGAAUGUCCCCAAGUACUGCAGGCAUUGCAAACUACUUGGACACUCUAUUCUUCAGUGCAGGAAAGCUGAAAAGAAAAUAGAAGGAGAAGGAAACAGCAAAGGGAAAAACAUAGCUGAUGACAAAGGCACCAGCACCAGCCACACUACAGAGAAUAAUGAAAUGCAAUAG